UUAUUUGACUGGUGUUCACAGUACAGGUGGCGAUGUUGAGAUGUCCGAUGAAAGUGGAGGCACGCGUGCCGUCAUGGAAUAAUAAUUGAGAUCAUACUUUCGGACGUAGCCAGAAAAUAGGUACCGCUUCCAUCAUGGCCAUUAAGAUGAGGAAGCCAUCGGCAGUGGUUGCUUUAUGCAGUCUUGCCAACUUCGUCAAUGCCAUAGACCGCGUUUUGAUGCCAAUCGCAAUCGUUCCUAUGACGGAUGAAUACCAGUGGGACCUCUCUACUCAAGGCUGGAUUCUGUCUGCCUUUGCAUUCGGUUAUCUGCCGAGCCAGAUUAUUGGAGCUACUGCGGCUUCACGCUAUGGAGGAAAACGGGUUUUAGCAUUCGCGGUCAGUCUGUGGUCAAUUUCUACUCUGAUAACUCCUUUCAUCGCAAGUUCUUCGACUGCGCUCAUAACUGCUCGAGUAAUUCUUGGGCUUGGGGAAGGAUUGGGUCUGCCGACGAUUUUCCACGUAUUUGGUUACAGAGUAUCGCCGGAGGAAAGGGCAAGAGCUUUCGCAUACCUCGUUGCUGCCGGAUCUAUUGGACAAACAAUUGCGUCGGCUAUUUGCCCUCAUAUGAGUUGGCCGGUCCCGUUCAUUUUGUUCGGGACGAUCGGCUUACUUUGGACGAUAAUGUGGUUGGGGCUCUAUGACGACAGAAGAAGUUUAAAUGAUGAUAGUUCUGAAGCCCCGCCGUUACUUCCUUUUAGUGCAAAGGCUGUUCCUUGGCGGGAACUCCUCAGUCAUUGGGCUUUGUGGGCCAUUUAUAUUGCUCACUUCGCGAUGAAUUGGUCAAACUAUAUCAUCAUGCAAUGGCUCCCGACUUACCUAACGAGGUAUCUUGGUGGACAAACAUCUUCUCUGUCCCUGACAGCUGUGCCGUACAUUGCGAAUUCGUUGUGCGGAAUCGGGUUUGGACAUUUGGCAGACGAUUUGUCAAAUCGAGAGGCCUGGUCAGUGAGGAGCGUUCGCCGAGUAAUGACUGCGAUCGGUCUGAUAGGACCCGGAAUUUUCCUGUUGGCGUUUUGUGCUGUGAACAACCUUGCUCUUGCUGUGUUAUUUGUGACAAUAUCGAUGGGGCUGUGUGCCGGAAACUCAGCGGGGCACCUGAGCAAUCAUGCGGACGUUGCUCCUAAUCAUUCGGGCUACUCAUUUGCGAUUUCAAAUACUAUGGCGACGAUUCCUGGGAUUUUGUGUGGACCAUUGACCGCGGCGUUAGUCACAUCAUCGGACGGACGAUGGUUCCCAGUGUUCGUUCUUGCGGCGUGUAUCAACUUUACUGCCGCAGUUAUUUAUUGCGGAAACAGCAAGGGAACUGCAGUUGUGACGUAGAAACGUUUCCGUGACCAAUCUGGAGACAGUUGCACUGCUUGUGUUGAUUUUGUUGCUGAAAUACGUUCUGAUCUGUGAUCAAGGUCUUGUUCACCGUGAGGUUUAAUCCCAGUUGUUUCCAGAUUGAUUUAAGAGACGCACGAAAAUCUUUUCUUCUUCCCCCGCGAUUUUCGCUCGGCCACGUAUUGUGAAGCUCUCUUGACAAGAAAUUCUUUUUACUACGUGGGAACGGUUGUUUAAUGAGGCCUGGAUUUGUUGAACCAAUUGCAAUGUGUGUCCAAUGCGUGUGAUCUCUGGAGGAGAUGAGAUGGAUUGAUCGUGAGGAACGGCACGUGGGAUGCAUUGUUUUAUGUUUUUUUUCGGAUUGGUAUUUUUUGCUUGCACUUUUCGAAAAGAUUACCCGGUUCCGAUGGUUGCUCGAAAUGUUGGUAGGUGAUACGAGCAAAUUCGUUCUUGUUAAUGCGGCGAAAACAUGGUAUAUUUUUGGUAUCUUCACGGGUGGAGUGAAACAAACUCGUUGACAAUGAUGAUGAAGGCAGUUGGUGUGUUUUCUGUUUUAGUGCCGAACCUGGGA